AACAUGGAACAAAUCAUGGGGCAAAUCAUCAAAUCCAGUGUAAAUGUAAAGUGGGGCAAAACAUCCAAUCCCCCGCCCACUCCUCGCUCGAAAUCCCGUCCAGAUUCGUUCGGAGAUGGCGCGAGAGGGAGUAGGGGCAGCCAUGGCGCCCGCAGCGGCGGAAGUGAGGUACGGGAUAGUUGGGGUCGGGAUGAUGGGGAGGGAGCACCUCCACAACCUCGCCCACCUCGCCGGAGAAGUCGAGCGGGAGCAGUCCGUCCGCGUCUGCGUCACCUGCCUCGCCGACCCCCACCCGGAGUCCCUCCUCCUUGGCCUCCGCCUCGCUGCGGAGCUUGGCCUGCCACCUCCCCAGGUCAUCGCGAGUUGCUGGACAGCGGGCUCUGUGACGCCGUUGUUGUGUCAUCGCCAAACAUGACACACUCUGAGAUACUCAUGGACAUCAUUGGUUAUGCCAAGCCGCACCACGUUCUUGUUGAGAAGCCUCUGUGCACCACGGUACAGGACUGCAAGAAGGUCAUAGAGGCUGCCAAACAGAGACCGGACAUACUCAUGCAAGUCGGAUUAGAAUACCGGUAUAUGCCGCCGGUCGCUAAGCUGAUAGAUAUUGUUAAAAGUGGCACACUAGGGCAGGUCAGAAUGGUGGCUAUCCGUGAACACCGGUUUCCUUUCCUUGUUAAGGUGAACAACUGGAAUAGGUUUAAUUGCAACAGUGGGGGGACUCUGGUUGAGAAGUGCUGCCACUUUUUUGAUUUGAUAAGAUUGUUUGCAGAUGCGAACCCUGUUCGUGUGAUGGCUUCUGGAGCUAUUGAUGUUAACCAUAAGGAUGAGGUUUAUGAUGGAAAGGUACCAGAUAUAAUUGAUAAUGCAUAUGUGAUCAUAGAAUUCGAUAAUGGCUGUCGUGGCAUGCUUGAUCUCUGCAUGUUUGCUGAAGGCAGUAAAAAUGAGCAGGAAAUUUCUGUUGUUGGUGACACUGGAAAGGGCGAGGCUUUUGUUCCAGAGGGCGUUGUGAGGGUUGGAAAGCGAGCAGGAGGCAGAGAUGGAGUUGUAACGUUAAAGGCCGAAGAUGAACGAAUCAAGUACCAGGGGCUUCACCAUGGAUCUAGCUACUUGGAGCACCUGAAUUUCCUGUCUGCCAUCAGGGCACAAGGUGCAUGUAGCCCAGCUAUCAGUUUGGAUGACGGCUUACUAUCUGUUGCAAUUGGUGUGGCUGGCCAAUUGUCGAUCGAGAAAGGCCGUUUCGUCACCAUUGAGGAGGUGCUAUCAAGCUGAUAAUCAGCGAUUUAUCGAUGCACUACAGAUUUCGUAUCAGUUGUAUACUCCCUCCGUUCCUAAAUAUAAGUCUUUUUAGAGAUUCCACUAUAGUCUACAUACGGAGCAAAAUGAGUGAAUCUACACUUUAAAAUAUGUCUACAUACAUCCGUAUAUAGUUUGUAGUGAAAUAUCUAAAAAGACUUACAUUUAGGAACGGAGGGAGUACAUCUGUAAUAGCAUAAGCUGAUUUUCUUCAACUUGCAUGCACUGGGUAAUUGCCUGUCUUGCGCAGUAAGCUACUCCCUCCGUCUGGAAAUACUUGUCUUAGAAAUGGAUAAAAUGGAUGUAUCUAUAACUAAAAUAAGUCUACAUACAACCAUUUCGAGGACAAGUAUUCCCAGACGGAGGGAGUAUUAAGGAAUGUUUAUAUUUCCUUUUUUGUUCUUUCUAAGAGCAAGUGAUCCACAAACUGGCAACGAUGAUCAUGUAUGUAUGUAUAGAUAUAUUCCAAAUAUCAAAUGAUUUCAGUUAUC